AUUUCCACAGCCACCGUAGCAGUGGGGCUGCGGUGCCUUUUCUCUCCAGUUUCGCUUCUCUCGCACCUGCCCACAUUAAGAGCCGCCAUUCCUGAUGAAGACAGUACUGGGAGCGCAGUGAACGCGCCUCAGGCGACUUAUGGGUUUUUCCCUCGCUUUUGGCACAGUCCGAAACGAAAACUUUAAAAGUUUUUUUUUCUUCUUCUUCCUAAGAGGGAAGGACUCAAGGAGUCGCUGAGAUAGGUCCUUUAGUGUUUUGUGCACUUUGUGUGAAACGCAAGUUGUGUAGCAGGGUGUUUUGCGCCGGAGAAGCUGCCGGGUCGUGGGAGAGAAGAUCGGCCAGACAGUUGCCUUUGGUGAGAAAUGCCACAGCACAAUACAGACACACCAAGGAGCCAGUGGGAGCAAGGUAGAUGCCCUCCAUGGAUUACAAAGGUGUUUGAAGGGCAAAGCCCCUCCUUCUCAGGGGAUGAGUCAGAUAUUGAGAGCAGUGGCACAGAAAGUGAGAGAGCACAGCCUCAUGCACGACAUUCUGAAGGAGAGUCAAGAAUGGUCCUGACUUCACCCUCCAUGUUGCAGCAACGAAUCACAGAGCUUGAUCAGCAGAGGGAGGAGCUGAAAAUUGAACUGCAGAUGGAGGUGGCCUUGCUGCAAGGGGAACUGCAAACUGAGAGAGAGACACUGUGCAGACAUAUGCAGCUGCUGCAGAACUUACAGGAGGAGAGCAAGCAGAAGGUGCUGCAACGACAGGCCGAGAGGCAGCAGGAGCGAGAGACCCUGGAGCAGGAGCGGUCAAGGGUGGAGGAGCUCAAGAAGUGCUAUGCAGAGAAGGAGAAGCAGGUUCUUGCUCAGGAUGAGGGUCAGCGAGAGCAGCUUCUACUCCAGCUACAACAGGAGAAGGAGGUGAUGGAGUCAGCGGUGCGGAUUUUUGACGACAUGGAGUUCCGUUUCCUAGAGCGCGAGAGCUGGAUUGAGGAGGAGGAAGGCGAAAGCGAGGCAGAGAGGGAGAGAGAAGUGUCACGUCAGCAGCACGCUGUCAACACUGCGCAGGAGCGUGUGCACCAGCUAGAGAAGCAGGUCAAGGAGAUGGAAAGAGAGAAGGACAAGGAGCUGAAUGCACUCAGGCAAGAAAGAAGGGAACUGCUCUAUACUUCCCAAAGGUUGUGUCUUUCUCGUUUUCUUGUGUGGGACGUCAAUCAGAUACUGAAGAAGAAACCACUCUCUGAUUGGCCUAACAUCACAGGGUCUGUCCCCUGUGUGAUGUCACUGAGCCCGCUGACCAUUCACAUUGCAGCGCAGGAAUCGACCAGAGAAUUGGUUAGUUUGCCCAGGCGGCGGAGUUCAUAUCGCAACAAACUUGCAGACAGGCCUCUGUCAGCACAAGGACUAAGGAUGGUCCCGGACAGUCGGGCCCCUGAGGCCCUAACUCCACCUCUCCUGCUGGCCUCGCAGCGCCUUAGUAACAGGAGCAGUGAUGGGCCCAGACCCGGGCACUACAAUGGACAGGCAUUCCUCAGCCCCUGUAGCAGUUCUAGUAGCUCUCGAGCAGCCAGUCCUUGUCUAGGCAUGCCGGACCUUAUGGAGAUGGAGCAGAAGCUGCGAGAGGCCAGGGCUGAGCGGGAGAGGCUGCUCAGAGACAGGGAGGAGCGAAGGAGGACUGCAGCAGAAGAGAUGAGACACAGGGAACUGAAUUCUCACAAAGUAGAGCCUGUAGAACCACAAAUGGUCUCAGAUCUGGAGCCACAACCACAAAACAGUUCAACUCAUAACAGUCCAGAGUGCCAUUUCCCACUCUCCUUGUCCCCCACAUUUGACCUCCGAGCCCAUGUUGAGAUGCUGGGACACAGCGUCGCCGGGUGUUUGGGGCUGCAUCUGUCUCCGCGGCGCUGUGGGGGAUUCCUGACGAAACGAGGGGGCCGAGUUAAGACUUGGAGGAGGAGGUGGUUCCUAUUUGACCUCGACCACCGGAGGCUGGCCUACUACACAGACCACGAUGAGAGGAAGCUGAAGGGAGUGAUCUACUUCCAGGCCAUAGAGGAAGUGUACUAUGACCACCUUCGCACAGCCUCCACUUCCCCACGACCCAGCCUGACCUUCUGCGUGAAGACAUACGAGCGCCUCUUCUUCCUGGUGGCCCCCAGCGCAGAGGCUAUGAGGAUCUGGAUGGAUGUCAUUGUCACGGCUACAGACGAGCACUGCCACUAUUGAUUGCGAACUGGGACGGAGUUGCCGUGGAGCCUAUCCCUCAAUGCACUGAAUCCUGAGGGCCAAGAGCCAGUGUGGGGGGGCCAAAGGGGACCUUGUCUGUUUGUUACAGAGCUUUGGAUAAAACCAGGUGGACUUUAACAGUGAGCUGUAUGGAGACAUCACAGCGAACACACUUUGUCAGAGGAGCUGCAGAGGGACAGUGGAAACAAGAAAGAGGUCUGGGAACCAAAAGGGCAAUUUGAAUAGGGUAUAUCACAAAUCCUGAAACAUUUCCAUUCCUGUUCCACAGAUAGGUGGAAGCAUCAGUUUUCCUUCAUCCGUGCUUUGUAUGCCUCCUACUGGUCCAAAUGCAGUACUACUUUGAGUACCGGGCAAUUAGACUUGCACAUGCACCUGUUUUUACUGAUGGUCAAAAGGACUAUCGUAUUGUACUGCCUACUUUUUAUUCUAACGGUUAUAUGUUUUUUAUUUUUACAUGUCAAUUAAAAUUCAACUCAAAAUUA